CGCACAGAUACACAGAGAGAAGCAUGGCGUCUUCUUCCUCCUUCUCAGAAGAUCUGACAUGUUCGGUCUGUUUAGGCAUCUUCACUGAUCCAGUAAGUGUCUUCUGUGGACACUCUUUCUGCAGGGAAUGCAUCACACUUUCUCUGAACUCACUGGAUCAGUGCCCACAGUGUCGGGCGACUGUUCCUACAGACAGGAUGGAUUUCACAACUAAUCACAUCUUAAAAAGUCUUGCUGAAAAAGCAAAGAAGGAGAAGGAAUCUGGAAAAAACACUGAGGCUGCUGUGGGGUUUUGCCCGGAACACGACGAGAAGCUGAAGUUGUUCUGCGUCACUGAUCAGCAGCUAACUUGUAUUAUAUGUAGAGACUGUGAAAUACAUGAAGGACACAAGUUUAAGCCAAUCAAAGAAGCUGCUGCAUCAGUCAGAAAGGAGGUAGAGACUCUGGUGGAAAAGGAAUCCUCUGACUUCAGUGCCAUAGAACGUCUGGCCGAGUCACAGAACAAAGAAAUAAGAAAAUCCAAAGAGAAAUCUCAGAGGCUGAGGAUCCAGAUUAGCAGCCAGUUUCAGGAGAUGCAGCAGUUUUUGAAAAGGAGAGAAGAUGAAAUUCUGAAUGAGCUGACAGAGAAGGAGAAUGCUGAGCUUGAGAAGAUGAGGGAGAGCUUAAACGUUGUUGAAAAAGCUUUAACUGAAGGCAGAGAGGUUGGGGAACAGAUGAAAUCUGUUCUGGAUAUUACAGAUCCUGAGAGUUUCCUAAAGAGCUGGCAAGAGAGCAAAAUGACACCAAAACCCAACCAGCAAGGAUCAAAUCUCCAAGUGGUGACCUCUUCUCUCUCACUGGGUCACUAUGAGAGCCACCUGCAGUGGUUUGUGUGGAAGGAGAUGCUACAGAUGAUCCAGCCUCAAGCAGAAAAGCUUUUAUUUAACAGCCAAAAGCCACCUGAUUGGUCCAAAUGGUCUGGUCUUUCUAAUAACUGCAUUGCAAUGCAAGGAAUGAACUAUUUUUCAACAUGUACUUGUCAUUCUAGCUAUGUCAGUUUACUAUCACAGUGGCAGUCAUACUACAGACUUCAAACUACUUAUACAACUAGUGUAAACCAGAUCUCACCAGGACCACAUUAUUGGGAGAUAGAUGUUGAUAACAAGAACUGUUGGACAGUUCAGAUACUGAAACAUUCCCUGACAUGCAAAGAUAACAAAUACACCACCACUCAUAAAAAAGCUAAGAAAGAAGUGAAGUUUGCAAGCAAACCUAAAACAAUCGGCUUUUAUUUGAACGGCAACUCUCAGGAGCUCCACGUCUUUGAUGCAGACACCAUGCAGCAUGUUUAAAUGUUUAUUAAACAGUGAUUAAUCUCUGCUAAAACUCAUAUUUGAUUACAAGCUUUGCCAAAAAGGAAGAACCAACUGGUUCCUAGGUUGAGGGUUACAUUUUCAUAUAGAAACGGGCUGGUCAAUUCUGUGCCUAACAUGAAUUCAUCUGUUGAAAAGUGAAUUUUCAUCUGUUUAGUUUUUCCUCAUUUAUCAAAGUUAUUUCUGUCUGUUUGAUCUGAAAUAUUUCUCUGACAAAUCAAAUACUGAAAAAUUCUCUAAGUG